ACGCAUUCAACCAUGUGUCACCACAACACCCUCCUUCUGGCAAUGUGCGGGCUGGCUCUCACACAAUGUACUGCCUUUCCACCGUGCCAGGAUAGACAUUCAAGUUGUAGAGAGUGGAACUGUCUUCAGCCAGGUAUAGACACUAUCUGCAAGAAGACAUGCGGCCUUUGUCCAGAAGAGUGCAGAUCGGGACAUUUCCAGGAUGGCUUAUCGUGCAGACAAUGCAAGGAUGAUGUCGAUGUACAGUCAGUCGAAUACAAAGAUGCAUGUGGUGUUCCCUGUAACCAGAGCCACACGUGGGGUGCAGACUGUCUUACUCCAUGUAGUACAGGAUGCAGGAAUGAAAGAUGUCACCGGUGGAAAGGGCACUGUCUGCAAAACUGCCUGCCAGGUUACUACGGACCUGGAUGUGAUUUAACUUGUGACAAGUGCAGGCGGUGUGGAGACGGUGUUGAGACAUGUGACAAUGAGGGGAGGUGUCUGUGUGGCUGCAAGAGAGGAGGACGAGGAAACAAAUGUGAGCAAAACUGUCCAAACUGUGAAAUGUGUACAGGAAAAAACUGUACAUGCAAGGCUGGAUUCCACGGAGAAGGCUGUACCGCUCCCUGUCCCCUGCACUGCCUCUAUAACGUAUGUGGUCUGGAAGGAGAGUGUACACGGGGAUGUGAAGUAGGGUGGUAUGGACGUUUGUGUGAAAAACAGUGCAAUAAAUGUGUCAACGGACCAUGCUCAUUGAACGGGAUAUGUACAUCCGGGUGCAGAAGGGGAUGGUCUGGUGACAAGUGUGACGAAGCCUGCAAUGUCAACUGUGAGGACGAACUGUGUUAUCGUAACGGAACCUGUGAAACAUGCAAACCCGGUUUCCAUGGAGACCAAUGCAACAUCCCCUGCAGCAGUCACUGUAGUAACCAGAGAUGUGACCGGAGUGGAACUUGUGAAUCUUGCAGAGUUGGAAACUUUGGGGAAAUGUGUGAGCGACAUUGUGGGUCCAACUGUUUGAAUCAUGCCUGUGAAAAAAUGUCAGGAAAGUGUAUCCAAGGCUGUACCACAGGCUGGUACGGAGAUACGUGUCAUCUAGAAUGUCCCGACCAAUGUGCCUCAGAGUCCUGCCACAGAGAGACUGGUUCCUGUAAGUCUUGUAUGCAGGGAUUCAAAGGCUCCCACUGCAACGCUUCUUGUCCACAGUUCUGUUCUAAAUGUGAACAAUAUAUUGAAAAAUGUCUCUCUUGUCAACAACAACAUUUCGGCAAGAUGUGUGACAAACUUUGUUCAUCCGGAUGUAAUGGAGGCACACGUUGCCACCAAACUGGAAUAUGUUCACAAGGAUGUAUUGGAACUUCCUAUGGCCAUUACUGUAACAAUUCGUGCAGUGAUCACUGUGUCAAUAGAAACUGUCAUACAGUUAACACUGAUGUAGAUACGCCCCAAUGCACUGAGGGGUGUGAAGACGGAUGGUGGGGUGACUACUGUGAGAACACGUGUCCACAGCACUGUGUGAGAUGUGACAGACAUCAUGGCCAAUGCCUGGAGUGUGAAGCCAACAGAUACGGCGAGUCCUGUAACUUGACCUGUAACACUGCCUGCCUGAAGUCGCAGUGUAACAUGACAGGAGUCUGUAUAAACGGGUGUGAGGACGGGCGGUACGGAAGACAGUGUUCUGAAAUAGGUGAGGUGAGGUGA